ACGGCUUGCGCCUGCGCAAAACGGCUUUUUUACUGAUGGGCGUGGAUUUGGCUGGCAGCUGAUGCCAUCAGGCUUGCAAGCCAAUUUGUCGGCUUGUCAUGCCCGACAAAUCGGCUUGUCUCCCAUAGUUUAAAGCGUAAUCAGAGGCUAUCUGCGGUAUUUAUGAGCUAUACGUUGUACUCUACGAUAGAUAGGGCUCAUGUACAUGCUGAUCGACAGCGCUAAAGAUGGUCUAAUCAUAUUUUACAUAGAGAUACGCCGCCAAGUACUCUUUUCUCGACCUGCGCAUCACAGAGAGGCUCAAACGCAUCACGGACUGUCGGGCUUUUUUGCAGAAGUGUAUUGAGCUGGUCGGUGCCUGUGAUAUGCAACAAGCACCAUCAUCAUUCCCGCAACGCUCUGCGCUCAUGAAUGCU